AUGGCUAGAUCCAGCUUCGCCAGAUUUGUAGACCCUGAAUCCUUGCUCCACUUUGAAUCCCUCCGGGGUGUGACCGCCAGGGGCAUACGGGACGCCGAGCUGCACGAAGCAGCUCCGACUUAUUAUGAAUCUCAGACAUUGUGUCCACGUUUAGGAGUGACUCACAGAGAUAAGAUGAUGAAUACGCAGAACGUCACUCGCAUCGACUUCGACGAGGACUUCGCCUUCAAGGCUUUGUUGGACUAUUCGAGUGAGGAGGAUUCGGAGCCAUCCGCGCAUCUUGACCCUCAAGGCCGCCACCUCAAGCGUGUUCGCACUUCGAUCGCCGCUGCCAAGCCUUCCAGCCCGCUUGUGGAGUCUACUUGCGAGCCCAAGCCGCGCGAGGAGCCGCCUUCAUGGAGUCCUUCUCGUUCUAGGCGCCCAUCAACCGUCAAGCGCCCGGCAUCCCGUGUCUACGUGCCCAACGUUCCUAUCGUCAAGUCCCAGCCGGCCGCUCACUCUCGACUGUUUGAGCGCUCUCCACGCCGUCGCUACGCCUCAAGCCAGCCGCUCAAGCGCGCUCUUGAGCGAUAUCAACCCAAGCCGCUCAACGGACCGGUCAAUCCCAAGGAUGUCUUCCGCUCCAAGCUCAUCGACGUGAGCAUCCAACGCUUCCAACGGACGCACUUGGACACCCACCGGCAAAUCCAAAGGUCGGUGGAGAGGAAGGCCAACGUCGCCUCGGUCUCCUUGAAGAACUUUGAGGAGCAAAUUGGAGACAUAGUUGUCACGUGUGGGCAACUUGUGGAGAUCGUAGGAGGAGUUUUUGGCAAGCUCACGGAGUUCACUCAACUCCUAGCCGGCCAAGUUGUGCGCUACAAGGAGGUGCAAAAGGCCGCGGAGGAAGCAAGCAAGGACAUCGACGGUAUUGGGAGAGGCCGCUACACCGAGAUCAAGGCCGCGGAGCUCAAGAUUAACGAGGCCACGGAGCACUUGGGCAUUGAAAUGCACAACUUUGCUGAUAAGGCAUACGAGUUUGGCAAGAUCAACGGUGCCAAGAAGGCCAAGGGCGUUUGA